CUGACGUUCAUUGUUUGUAAUUGCGAUGACUAUGCUGGUGAAAUAGCGAGAUCGCAUUGCAACAUCUUGGAUUGCCGAGUAAUAGAUUCUGAACCAAAUGACAGAAAGUUUUUAGAUUGCUCCUUCGAAACUUUGGCCAAGGCGAAAUCCUACGAGAGCGGUGUCUACCUGGUGAACCCGGUUAACGCGUCGUCAACGUUCCACGUGUACUGCGACAUUGAUCAGGAAGAUGGCGGUUGGACCGUGUUUCAAAGACGUACCGGUGAUGAAGUUAGUUUCAAGAAAACAUGGGACGAAUACGCAAACGGGUUUGGUGAUGUGUCAGGCGACCAUUGGUUGGGGAACGAGAAAAUUCACCUUCUGACCAAUCAGUACGAGUAUAUGUUGAGAAUCGAGGUGACGGACAUGUUCGACGACGUGUACUUUGCCGAAUACGAGCAUUUCAGAAUAUCCGGUCGAGCGGACGGUUACAGACUGGAUGUUGGAGAUCACAUGGGGAAUUUGAGCGACGCACUCGUUGACCACAAGGGCAUGAGGUUCAGUGCCCCAGAUAAAGACCUCGACGCCAGCAGCACGCAUUGCGCCAAGUACUACGAGAGCGGAUGGUGGUUUUCCCAGUGUCAAAAGGCGAACCUGAACGGGGACUUCAGGAUCGGCAUCAUCUGGUUCGAUAUAGUGUCAGAAGACUGGAUACAACUUAAGCGAACCGUUAUGAAGAUGAGGCCAAUGAAACGUUGUGCCAACUGCUAA